UUUUUGGCAUCAAAUUGUGUAAAUCUAGCGAGAAUGGUCUUAUCUUAUCACCGAGGGAGAAUAUUCUCCUGACAGUCUAAAGAGUUCAUCAACCCAAGUUGUCAGUAUGGAUAUGCACCAUUGGUUGUUAAUUUCAGUUUUAACGAUUUGGGUUUGUUUCAUAUCCGCUACGUUUGUCAACAUUCAUGGUGACCCUAGUUUCGCAGCGGCUUUGAUCUUCCAAUAUGAUCAACACAAGGGCAUAGCGGCCACCAGAAGCAAUUACCAAAGAAAGCCUAAUGACACGUGCCAUGUCUUCAAGCUGACAGACCAGCAGAGACACGAUAUCCACACUAUCUCUGGUCAGUUCAGAGUAGAGAUCAUGAUGUAUGAAGCAAUUAGAACGGAGCACGGGGAAAGAAUGACAGCAACCGAACUGAACGCUACAAGCAAUCAAUUAUGGAGAUUUUGUCAAAAGAACCUGAACUUUAUGAAAUAUAACUUCUAUAUAUAAAAAAGUCA